CUAUUUCCACCAUAUAUAGCUAAGACAAGACUUGAAGAGAGUAACAAAUUAGUUAGUUAGUUUAAGGGGAAAUGGGUGAGGAAUCAGGGUUGAAUGGAAUGGGCAUGGAAGAAGCUCAACGAGCGGCUUUAUUCAGAGACUGGGAGAAUUUCAAGAAAUUCUUCGCAAAUAACAACCAGGCCUUGCUUAAGCCUAUGGAUAUGGGCUUAAACACGGCCUUUCACGUUGCCAUGGCCUUAGAGUCCACCCGCGACGCAGAACUACUGAAGGAGUUGCUGGAAAUGGUUGGCGAGGAAGAGAGGUGGCAGGCGCUGAGAACGGCGAAUGGCGAUGGGGACACGCUUCUCCACGUGGCGGCCGCAAGUUGCAAGGAGCUUGACGCUGUGGAGUUGGUGCUCGACUACGAGAAGAAGGUGCAGGCGCCGCUGGAGGAUGAAGAAACAGAGGGGGAUUGGAAAGAGAAGAAGAUAUCAUUGGUGGAACUGAGAAACGACUAUGAGGAAACCCCGAUUUUCACGGCUUCUAAGGAAGGGAAUCUCAAGAUGCUCCAGCACGUUGCUAGAUGUGUAGGCGCUGCUGACUUGCGAAAGCAUUUCUACCGAGGUGCUGACAAAACUUCCAUCCUUCAUAUUGCUAUAAUUGGACAACACUUUGAUGUUGCGGUUUGGUUGCUGGAAGUGGAUGGUAGUUUGGCUAAUGAAACGGACGAUAGCAAAUUUACGAGUCUUCAACUGUUAGCCAAGAUGCCUUUUGUGUUCCCAAGCCAUUCCCAAUUCAGCACUCUCAAAUCUCUCAUAUAUUAUUUGCUUCCGGAGUACGAGUACCAAGAUUUUGAUCAUGAAAGCAUACGGGUUCUCAGGCAAGGGACAGAAUCAUCAAAUGGAAUUGGAAAUGGAAAUGCACACACCUCAGUGUUUACAAGAAUCAACCGUGCUAUUUGGAAGUUUCUUGCUGAAGAAUGGAUGGUGAUACAUGACAUUUGGCAGACAAAGAAGCAGCACAAGUUAGUUAUGCAUCUAACCAAGUCGUUAGUGCCAAAAGACUACUCAUGGCGAGAAACUAACAUUCAUGUUACUAGUCAACGGCAACGAACGGUGGCUGUUUUUCCAAUUUUUGAAGUCUCCGUUCGUCAAAGAUUGAUCCAAAAAAAGAGGGACAGCAGACAGGAUGAGAAGGGUGGGACGCAAAAGGUAGAUGCCACCAGUUAUAGCCCUACGCCAUUGCUCUUAGCAGCUAGCACCGGAAUUGUGGAAAUCAUUGAGCAAAUAAUCGAAGUACACCCAGAUGCCAUAAACCAUGUUGGUGUAAAAGAGCUUGAUGUGCUUCAAGUUACAGUCAUGACACGACAACUUGAAAUUUUUCGAUUCCUAAAGACUUGCUGUGGCACUUCAAUGAUGAAGAAGUUGGCAGGUCGAAUCGGUAGAGAGGGUCGCACCUUGUUGCAUUACGUUGCACCGAUGAAGUAUAAGAGAAAGCACGAGGCCGGCGUUGUAUAUAAACUACAAGAAGAGCUCCGUUGGUUUGAGCGUGUGAUGAACAUAACCCCUUCGUACCUUCACAUACAUUGCAAUGAUGAGAAGAACCAAACGGGAAAAGAACUAUUUGAAACGGAGCAUGAUGCUAUGCUAAAGAGCGCACAAGAAUGGCUGAAGCAGACAUCUCAAUCAUGCUCAGCAGUGGCUGUGUUAGUGGCCACCGUUGUGUUUGCAGCAAUUUACCAAGUUCCAGGAGGAACUGAUAACAAUGGCGUCCCCAAACUGAUAGGAUCUUCCGUUUUCUGGUUCUUCACGAUCAUGGAUGUUUUGGCACUUGGGAGUUCUCUGUCUUCAGUUGUGAUGUUCCUCUCCAUACUCUCAUCUCCAUUUGACAUGUGGCAGUUCCGUAGCUCACUCCCUCGAAGGCUCUCGAUAGGCUUCACCAUGCUGUUCUUCGCGUUGAUUACGACCAUGAUGUCCUUCACCGCAACCAUUUUGCUCACCAUAAGUAGGAGCCUGAAUUCAAAAAGAUGGAGCGCCAAUUUGUUGUAUAGCGUUGCGUUUAUACCUGUCACCAUAUUUGCACUGAUGCAGUUCCCACUCUACAUGACUUUCAAGAGAGCCGCCAUACAAGUUUGGAGCAUGUUUAAGAGGUUGGUUCCAAGACGUGUGAUCAAGUCAACUAGAAGGUCCGGGAAAAGAAGGUUUCGUCGCUCUGUUGUCAAGAAAUUUCAACAUUCCUAGCUAUUUCGCCUUAUAUAUUCACUUGUAUUCACACUCUUGUACGUAUAUGCAUAUUAUUACAGUUAUUUACGGUCGUAGAUAGAUAUGUGAUAACACAUUUAAAAAGAUAUUUUAUAUUAUUAUUUAAAUCAAUUAAAUCAUUAUUAUUACAACAAUGUUAGGGAACUAAUUCUAUAUAAGUCAAAAAUCAGUCAACUGGUAAAUUAGAGGCACCGUGACUUUAACUACUGAUAGGCACACGGAUGUUUCUUUUUCUUGUAA